UACUGCUUUUCCACUGGGAUGGGCAGUGAAAGCGCUUCUCCGUGCACAAGAACAGACGGAUGUCAUUUAUGAAAUAAAUACACUGCGAUUCACAGGAGAAUGACCUAGAAAGAGAUCCAGGGAAAAGAGGAGAGGAUUGGUCGAGUCAAGAUGAGUUUGACAUCCUGGUUCUUGGUGAGCGGCGGGGGAACAAGGCACCGCCUUCCCCGGGAAAUGAUCUUUGUGGGACGGGACGACUGUGAGCUUAUGCUACAGUCUCGCAGCGUAGACAAACAGCACGCUGUCAUCAAUUAUGAAGUAUGUGCAGACGAACAUAAAGUUAAAGACCUGGGCAGUCUGAAUGGGACAUUUGUCAAUGAUGUUCGAAUACAAGAACAGCAGUAUAUGACUUUGAAAAUGGGUGACAAGCUACGGUUUGGCUAUGAUACCAACCUAUUCACAGUGGUGCGUGGAGAGUUACAUGUCUCAGAGGAGGCGCUGAAGCAUGAAAAGUACACCAGUCAGCUGCAGCUGACGCAAAAGCCCUCCUCAUCAGUAGAAACCACCAAAAGUCCAGAGGUUAAAGGGGCAGAGGGAGGAAAAGAGACCAAACCCUCUGAACCACCACCAAAGGCAGAGGAGAAGUUGCCAGGUGACAUAGCUGCUCUCCACAGAGGAACCCCUCUGUAUGGACAGCCAUCUUGGUGGGGCGAUGGUGAUGCAGAUGAUGAAAAUUCUUUGAAACAUGACACAAAGGCUCCUGACCAAAAACAAGCCAGGUGUGAAGCAGGCCGUAAGGACAGUCCAACAAAGCAGCAGGUUGGGCCAGGAACCACAGCCCAGAACUUGGGAACCCAGGAGCCAAGUUACUUUGAGAUCCCUUGUAAGGAGACUCCACAAGUGGGGUGUGGCACAGGAGAAACCCUUCCUGUUAGCACAGAGGCAGCAGCAUCAGCUUCCACCAUCCCAGCGCAGGAGGGUGGAGUGCCUGGACACGCCUCUUUCACUAUUGAGUUUGACUCCGUGGCUUCAGGAAAAGGCAAGGACAAGGCUGUGAAAGGAUCCCAAGACAAUCGCCAACGCCCUAAAAGAGGGGGAGGGGAGGAGCUGAGUGCCUUGCAGGCUGCCAUGGUGGCAGCGGAGGUUAAGGUGGCAGACUGGCUGGCACAGAAUGAGCUGCCACUGACCCGCUCAGAAUCUGUAGCAGAGGAUGAAGGAGACAGCGUGAAAAGUGAUGUUCCAGUGCAGCUGAAGAGCCUCAGAGGCAGCAAGCAUGAGGAUGGCACUCAGAGUGACUCUGAGAAUGCUUUGGGAGAACAGCUCAGCAGCCGAAGGGCGUUCCUGCAGGAGCGUUACAGAGGAAGGCAGGGUGUGUCAAGGACAGAAGAGCAUUUCUGUGGGAGGGAAGAUCUCUUCCAGGAUAAAUCAUCAUCUGCAUCUAGAAAGAUGGCACCAGUAGGGGGUGAGGAUAGCGAAAAAGCAACCCGUUCUUCACCACAGAAAGCCAAAACACCCAGACAGCAAAGCUCUGUGUCUCAAGAGACUACUAAUAAAGGACAAAUAGAUGACCAAAGCGAUAGAGGGACCUACACUAUAGAGCUGGAAAAUGGCAAUGCUGAGGAAGAAGAGGCCAGGCGUAUGAUUGAUAAGGUGUUUGGGGUGGAGGAUAAUCAAGCCCUGACACAACUGCGUUUCCCAAAGCACCAAAGAGAUAGAGGCACCAUCUCUCCAAGAUCUGGAACCAUGGAAACAACACAAGCUGGUUAUGUGUUACCAGAUGACUUGGUUGUAGCAGGUGGUCCAAGGUGGAUCUCACAGUGGGCUAGCCUAGCUGCAAGUCAUAUACGAACAGAUCCUGAGGGGUCUGGGGCUGAACCCACUAUGCUUACUACGGAUAAAAAAGAGGACACAUCAGGACACUCAGAACGUAAGCGAAGGACCCUCCCACAGCUUCCCUCUGAAGACUCUGCUAUGGAACCAGUGGCUCCAGACAGCCAAAGAAGACAAUUCAGGCAAACAGUCCCUCUGUCUGAGAAACAGGACCUAGAACUUCAGGAGAAAGCAGAUCAGUUUCAUAGAAUUUCCAAAGGACAAAGAGUGGCAGAAACAACCUUAGCAAGCAAAGACUUAGAUCGGUCCAAAGCGAGCAAGCAAGCUUCAACCAAAACUCAUGACGUGGGGUGUAAGGUUGGUCAACAAGGACCUCAAUCAAGACAGACUGUAGGGGGUGAGAAGAAACAAGAUGAUGGGAGACGGAAAAAAGUGGUGGAGGACAGGGAAAAGACUGGGAAGCCGCUAUUGAGACAGGAAAGCUUUACAGUAGAAAGACCAAGUGCUAAUGUUCCCCUGGAGCUCAUACCUUGCAUCGAUGGGCCUGGUACCUCAGUCCAGCCAAGGGAAAUGGGUGUUAUCAGUGAGGCAAUUGAUGUUGUCAAUAUGCUAAAAGACUCAGAGGCUGUAGCUUCUUUUUUGGAAACCACUCUAUCAGACCUUGCAGAUCCACCCAGCUACUCCCUGGAGGGCUCUGUCUCACCUGAAUCUGACAUUGAUACGACAAGCACUGUCAGUCAAGCUGGGGGAGAGGGAAGACGAAAAACAGCCCAAAGGAAACAUUCGUCUGGAGGUCCAGAUCGUGACACUAAUAAGCACACCAGAGCAACUGAAAGGAAGAGCAAGACUCAGCCCGCUGGCUCAGCUGGAUCAAGGGCUUGGACUUCUCUCGACCUAACAGAUGAUGACUUAAGCUCUUCUUUUACACAAGACACUACAUCUUCCAAGAGACCACAUGGCCGGGGACAAAAUAUCAGCUCUAGGGCAGAGCCUACAGGUGGCAAAACUAGAGGAGCAAAGACAGCAGUUGCUCCUGCACCGGUUACCUCUAAACCAACCACCCAGCCCAGACCAACACGGGCUUCUCUCCUUCGCCGUGCACGACUGGGCGACACUUCUGACCAUGACCUUGGAGAUGCCGACCGUAUGUCGGUCGCUUCAGAGGCUUCUACCGCCAGUUCUACUUCAAGACCUUCAGCUGGCCGUAGGACUCUCUCUCGGAUUGAAGCGCUUGCGCAACCACGAAGGCCAAGAGUGUCUUCGCCUUCAGCUCGGAGUGAUUCAGAGGCUACAUCAGGCAGGAUCAGGGGCUUCACCCCACGCCCAGCCCCUGAGAGUGCACUGCGCCUGGGUCUCCGGUCCACAGCACCCUCUUCCACUGUGGUAGUCCCCAGAGCCAGAGCGAACAGUGCUUCCAAGUUGCCUGAUAAGUGUGCUGGUGCUCCUCAUGUUCAAAGUACACCAGCAGCAAGUGGAAAGUGGCGCCGUGUACCUAUUGAAUAUGCUUCUACUUCGGAAGAUGAGUAUGGCUCGAACCGUCACCCCACUCAGCACACCCGUCUACGUCCAAUAGCUCCACAGGUGGCUCAGUUAGGGGGUUCAGCCCCUGCGACACCCAGCCCUGGCGGUGUCUUCAUGCUGCGACACCAGUCCAGCAGAGAACAGGAUGAUUAUAUGAGAGACUGGACUGCUCACAGUGAAGAGAUCGCCAGAAUCAGCCAAGACCUGGCAAAGGAUUUGGCCAUGCUGGCACGCGAGAUUCACGAUGUUGCCGGUGAGAUUGACUCUGUUAGUCCCUCCUCCGCACCCUUGACUUCGGUUGAGGACCGUGUGUUUGAGGACGUCCUUGGCAGUGCUCCAGAAAUCAGUAGCAAAGGAGUUGAAUUAAGACCUCGUGGUGUUAUCAGCAGUCAGGAUUCUCGAUCCAUCCGCCGUCGUACCUGGAACCGAGAUGAGGGUGUACUGGACAGUUUGUUGCUGGCAUCGGUUUCCCAGCUCUCAGCAAAAAUCAGACAAGCUGUGGAAAAGACAGCCAACAAAAUCAGGAUUUUAUUCAAAGACAAGGACAGAAAGUGGGAAGAGAUUGAGAGCAAACUGCAGGCAGAGAAUGAGGUGCCUCUCCUCAAGACAUCCAAUCAGGAGAUCUCUUCAAUACUCCAGAACCUGAAAAAAGUGGAACGACAUUUGCUGGUGAUUGAUAUUAUCGUAGACCCUGAUGGUACUUUGGAUGCUCUGAGCAGUUUGGGUUUGAUCAGCCCACUGAUGGCCGAUAACAGAAUCAGUCCUGGCACACAAGAUCCAGCUGGCAGUCAGGAUGGAGAAGGAUCGGCCAGUACCACUGCAUUACCCUCUGCAUAUUCAGAGGUCGCUGAACGAGAUCUUGGCCUGCAGGAGAAGAGCAAAGAGCAGCACACUGCCAAUACAAACUAAAUGACUGUAAAGAGUUUCCGCCGAGAUCCUGCAAUGGUGUUAAAGGCCUGAUCGACAGAGACUUAUGUGAAUAAUGUAAGGUAUGCUGUAAAACUUCCUAUAUGGCACUGCAUUUAAAAGUCUGCUUGAUAAAUUCUAUAUAUCAAUGGACGUAUUUUAAAUAAAGAAAAUAUUUUGAAAUAUAACACAAAUACAACCCUGUAGUCAGAAUAAUUAAAUAGUCAGUUCUGAAUGGCAGUACUGUAGAUGAUGCGAUUAAAGGGAACCUACUGUAUGGUCCGAUUCAUGAUUUUACAUUUCCUUUGGUGUGUAAGUGUGUAUUAGUACAUGUUAUUAAUAUGCAAAAGGUACAAACCCCAAAGUAAACGAUGACGCGAGUUAUUGUCUCCAA